AUGAAAGAGAAACUUAGAAUGUUAACUACGGUGGAAACCUUACCCUUGGAGACAACAGCCAGUUUUAAUAAGAUGCUCGACAAUUACAUAGACUGUUUUGACUGGGAUGGAAAAAACCCAGGGAGAACAAAACUGAUCCAACACCACAUAGAUACAGGUAACGCCCCACCGUGUAGACAACCUGCACGGCGAGUACCUGCACAUUAUCAGAAAGAGCUGAAUAAGUUAGUGGAUGAACUGUUAGAGAAGAAUGUCAUCAAACCAUCUGUAUCCCCAUGGGCUCCCCCAGUAGUGUUAGUUAAGAAAUCGAAUGGAACACUUCGGUUGUGUGUGGAUUAUCGUAAGUUGAAUCAAGUAACUAGGCGAGACUGUUUCCCCUUACCACGUAUAGACGACACAUUUGAUGCCCUAGGGGGAUCGAAUUGGUUUACUACCUUAGAUCUAGCUUCUGGAUAUUGGCAAGUAGAAGUACACCCAGAAGAUAGACAAAAAACAGCAUUUAUUGUACAAUCAGGUCUGUAUGAAUAUGAAACGAUGCCAUUUGGUCUGGUGAAUGCUCCAGCGACAUUUCAACGUCUCAUGCAGACGGUCCUUAGCGAUUGUAUACCAGGUAAGUGUUUGGUAUAUUUAGACGAUAUUAUCAUACAUAGCAAGACAGUGAAUGAACAUUUAAGUGACAUUGCUAAAGUCUUGAGUCUUCGUUCUUACUAG